AUGACCAACUUACGCACCCACGUUCUAGACAAUCUCCGCACUUGUCUGACGGCGCUUGUUAUCCUCCACCAUGCCUCGACCCCUUACGGCGGCGCAGGUCCAUGGCCAUAUACAUCGCCUCGCUACGCUCCAAACAGCUCUUCCACCCUCCUCGUUUUCAAUGUCCUUAACCAGACUUUCUUCAUGGCCACUUUCUUCCUCAUCUCAGCAUACUUCUCAUCAAUUGCAGCGAGAAGGAAAACCAGAUCCCAAUUUCUGCACGAGAAGUGGAAGAGGCUGGGUGUUCCGACAUGUGUGUUUAGUCUGAUAGUGAAGGGUGUUGCUAGAGGGAUCUUGGCAUGGAGGUUGAGAGAUGAAGGGUGGCACCACAUUGGUAAAGAAGUCUUGGUAGGCUUAAAGAUUGUCAGGGGUGUUUCGGGGCCGGUAUGGUAUUGUGCUUUACUCCUCAUCUUUGAUGGUAUGUAUGCUGGACUGCUACCGAGUCACUUUGCGGAUACAUCACCAGGUCAGAAAGCGCUGGAUAAAACGUUCUCCAACAAAGUCGACACCGACCCAUCACCAGCAGCAUAUCCACUUAUUUCGAGAACCAUCAGCACCCCGAAGGAACCUCAGCCCUUUCAUACGAUUCACGUUUUGAUUACCCUCACCCUCAUAUCGGUAUCAUCAUUCGUCAUCCGACUCUACUAUCCUGUGGGCCGACCUCUUUGGCCCAUAUCCCUCCAGCUGUCAUUCGUAUCUCAAUACGUUGUGUACUACAUCGCUGGUAUCUACGUACAUCGCUCAGGACGUUCACUUCAGAACGCCGUCUCCACGUAUACUUCAACGAUAGUCGGCACCAUCACUGCUCUCGUCACCUCUCUCAGCCUCUUCCACAUCAAAUCUAUAACUGAAACUAGGAUGUCGUCCCCUCAGCUCAUGCCCCUCGCUUUCGGUGGCCCGAAUAUACUCGCCCUCCUCUACGCAUUUCUCAAUGAGUUCGCCGGCUUGCUGAUCGCUUCCCUCGUUUUGAAGGCUCUGUAUAAUCCACGCCUGUCUUUCUUGGGGAAGCGCUGGAGAGUUGGGAAAGUGGACGUGGCGAAAUACAGUUAUGCGGCUUUUAUGGUUCAUGAGCCCGUAAUUCUCGAUCUACAGUGUCUGUUUGGGAAGAAAGGCUGGGAAAGUAUGGGGGCGGUAGAAACGGCGUUUGUAGUGGGGAUUUUGGGUGUAGUAGAGUCGUGGAUGGGUGGCGUGGUGCUGAAGGAGGGUAUUGAAUGGAUUGGAUGGAAGGGGUAUCUGUGA